CAAUCACAGAGACGGCCCAUGCAAACGCCGCUAUCUAACCGCACAACGAGUGGCGGGGUACACGCCUGUUCGACUUAUCUUAAUAUUCGUACUUGCCAACAAACCCUUCAAUUUUAACAUUAUCGCUGACAUGGAAGAGAGGUCAACAAUCCUUACGGCUCGCGACAGACAAAAGAGAGACACGCCACGAUGGAUGCGUCGCCCGAGCAGGCCUUGAGGGACUCCCUGAAGAGUCUCCUCAUUAGUGGAGACUACUCCGACAUGACGAUCGCCUGCGGUGACGAUACGUAUCGUGUACACAAAGCGAUCAUGUGCCCCCGCUCGAAAUACUUCGAGACCAGCUUCAAGGUGGACAUGCAGGAGAGCCACACAUCCCACGUAGACCUGUCCAACCACAACCCAGAUGCUGUCAAGCUUGUCAUCGAUUUCUUCUAUCUGGCGGAUUAUCCGCCUUUGCACAACAGCCCAGCGGGACUCAAAGGACCUACCAAUUCCGAGAUUUCUGCCAUUGAAGUUGCCGAGUUCGAUGAUGCUCCACCGCAACCUGAGGACGACUGUCUCUUGGGGACGAGUUACAAAUCCAAAAAGGGUAAGAAAAUGAAGAAAAAGAGCAAUUUGGGCGUCAUGGAAGAGCCAGCGGGCCCAUCCAACGCAGGGCCAGAGCCGCAAUCCAUCAACCCCGCCGUAUCACUGAACAAAACGUUCCUUCUCACGCAUUGUCGCGUCUACGCCCUGGCCGAGUACCUUCAAGUUGCCGAGCUCAAGGUUCUGGCGGCGAGGAAGUUCCGCGCUGAGGCGGAAAAGUACUGGAACCACCAGGACUUUUUCGAGGCGGUGCAGGAGGUUUACCUAACGUCGGCCCGCGGCGACAAGCUUUUGCGCGAUAUCGUGGUCAGUGUUAUGAAGAGGCACGAGGAGCUCUUGGAUCGGUUUGAGUACCAGGAAGUUGUGAGCCAGCUUGAUUUGGCCUUUGAGCUCCUGAUGGCUGUCAAGACUAAUGGGUGGGGAUAAGGGUCGCUGUAUUUUUGUGGUUUUGACGAUGCUACGUUUUCUGUCUGGCUGUCAUGUCACCUCAUUCCAAUGAAGGUCGGCAUUAUUCCAGUGCCGCCCUGUUGGACUUGAUAGGAGGUGGUUGCACUCAGUCUGUGACACGUUUACUCUGGCUCAUCAUAUAUCGUACACCGUCGAGGUACCCGCGCUAGCUAAGAAUAUGACUAUACUGAUUGUAGCGCGUGAUAAGAAAUUGUCAGCUCUUUUGGCCGUAUAACAAGCGCACUGCCGACUGGGAUGCCACGCAACUUUCAUCACUAAAGACCGAAUCCUGGAUUCCUCGGUUGAACUUGGGUACGCAGAUGUGUGUCAAGCCAAUCAUAGUCUCAACAAACGCAUGUAUAUGUCGGUCAUUAUUCGCAAGUACCAUUAACUAAUUAACUAUUUACUUGGACAAAUAAAUCCUAUUAAUUAUCGUCA